AUGACAAGCCAAGUCACGGUUAGUGAACGCAGACCCAUUCACGCGUCGACUCCAACAACACUCGCUUCUCCCUUCAUCCUGGGUCCAUUCGACCAGACUGCGGGUUUCGUGCCUAUCCAAGUCGUCUGGCUCUAUGAGGCGCAACAGGAUAAAGAAGUCAUCGCUAUCGAGCGUCUUCAACGCGCCAUAGAGCUCUUGCUCUCGUAUUACCCCCAUCUUACCGGUCGAAUUCGAGUCGAUUCCAAGUCUGGCCUCCGCCAAAUUGUUAAAUUCGAAGCCGGUGCUGAAUUAGUGCUGGCCAACUGCAAUGCUCGUCUCGAUUCCUUCGAUGACCCAUCGCCUGGUCGUAUCAUGGCUUUGCCUGGCAAGGGAAACGCCCUCCUCCCGCCAUUCGAUCCAAACCCAGCCAAUUGCGAGUCCCAGCCAAUUAUAGCUAUCCAGCGUACUCGUUUCUCAUGUGGCGCUGUCGCUCUCGGCAUUCGAGGAGCACACACAAUCUGUGAUGGCGUUGGAUAUUUCCUACUUGUCCGCCAUCUCGCUGAACUCUAUCGUGGUCUAUCGAGUUCAGACAAACCCACACUCUCCCGGCCCCCAUAUCUUGCACCGCUUGUGGCUGAACUCAUUGGAGCACCGUCCCAUGAGGAAUCGAAUUUCGAGCCAACCGUGUUGACAACCAAGCCACCACCGGGCCCUCCAUACUCCCCUCCGCCAUAUCCUCCAGUCGGCCGCUUUCUGCGAUUCACUCGCGAUCAUCUCGCCCGAAUCAAGCAACUUGCAACUGAACCCGGCGGUAGUGGCUGGGUCAGCACACUCGACGCACUUACGGCCCAUCUCUAUCAAAGCGUAUAUCGUGCUCGCUUGAAGCUUUUUGCUCAAGACCCAAGCCUUGGCACCCUGUCCGCGCCAGAUUUCUUGACCGCUGUCAACACCCGUGCCGGUCUCGGUAUUUCCGAUCCGGAAUUGUACUUCCCCAACGCCAUCUUUGCUGCCUUCAUCACCGUCGAGCCGCCAGAACUCGAGCGUCUUGGCCUGCCCGACGGUCCCCUCUGGAAAACAGCCAAAGUCUUCCACGAACUCAUCCGCUCUCCUGCUGUCAGCGACACUUCAGAAAUAAACAACACCCUUCGCUGGAUCGCGCGCCAGCCCGACCUGCGGGCCAUCCAGAGCGGGCUGCGGUACGGAACAGGUAGCUUCAUGUUCUCUGCUUGGAGCAAGUUGGAGUAUAUCGAUCUUGAGUUUGACGAGGGCGUCAAACCGGUGCUUGCCUGCCCGCCCUUUACACUGAGUUCGACUCUGGAUGGGUUGGCAUACUCGUUGCCGCCAGAGCGUGGCGCAAAGGAGGGAGAUAUCGACGUGAAUAUGGCUCUGAUAGAGCCGAUGUGGCCAAUUGUGACAAAAGAAUUAGGUUUAGAGUAG